CAACCUCGUAGGCGACCCCGCAUCUCCGUCGCGUACGAGACAGAGUCUCGCCACCGUCAGCCACCGUAGGGACGGAUAAUCCUCUCCUCUCUUUCCGGGGACGUUCUUGGAUCCUCGCGCUGCACGACGCCGUUUCGGGCCGACGAGCAACCGCGCCAUGCGGUGCCGGCCUCGCCGCACCAGGACACCGACACGGACGGGCCGCAGCGUCAGCAAGACGACGACGGAGCGAGCAUGCACGGCGGCACCGAGGCCGUCGUGCAUCGGCAGGAGACGCCGGCCAAGGUCCUGCUGCUGCGACGAUGGAGCGACAUGCCGCGUCAUCUCCAAUUCAAUCCGCACAUCCACACCGGUUACAGGCCGCUCAUGACUAUCCGCCAAUGCCUCGGUAGUCUCUUCUACAUCCACAACGAGACCGUUAACAUCCUGACGCACGGAUUCGCUAUCCUCUACAUGUUACUGACCGUACCGCAUUUACUUCCAUGGAACACAAAAGGAACGCUCGUAGGAAUUCUGUCCUGGUGUCACUUGAUUGGCGCCGUUAGCCCGUGGGUUGGCUCCUUCCUGUACCAUCUCUUCAUGAACGUCAACUACGACGAAGUCUUCUACAGAACACUGCUAAAAGUCGAUAUGGUCGGCAUUUGGCUAUGUCAGAGUUUCGGAGCUAUACCGAUGAUAGCAGCAGCAGUUCAUUGCCUCGCCGAUAACGUCUGGUAUUGCUGCAUUUUUAUUUACUGCACCCUCAGUAUUUGGGGACUUUUAAAGGCGAUGACUGCGGGAUCACCGUGGGAAAGACGUUUAUGUUUUGCUCCUCCCUUUCUAAUGAGGAUGUUGGUCAUGACAUUGAGGUGUUUCGGCAUCGGUGGCGGAUCACCCGACGCUCUUAUUCAUAUAAUAUUACAGGAUCUCGUAGCUGUGAUAGGUGCAACCAUCGGCGCUCUUCGCAUUCCAGAAAAGUGGAUUCCCGGCAGAUUGGAUCUAGUACUAAAUUCCCAUAAUGUGAUGCACGUAAUGGUCGUCCUGGCUGUAUGCUCCAUGCAUACCGCUACUUUGAAGGACCUCGCCUGGAUAUCCGAUCCAUCUACGUGCACUAGAGCAAGCUAUUCUCCUUUGGAACGCGAAGAACUGUGAUUAAAAUGUGAAACGCGACGGUUUGCUGCAGUCUGUGAUAAACCGAGCCUAUAACAACUGGCGAUUAGUCGAGCGCUUCGACACUUGGAGACCAGAAAGUGUGCUUACUUCUACAUAUAAUAUAAUAGAUAAAUCUAUAAGUAUAAAGAGAAAUAUUAUAUAUAUAUUAUAUUAUAUAAUUAUAUAUAUAAAUAUAUAUAAUAUAUUAUAUAUUAUAUGUAUAUGACAGAAAAUUUAUAAUACAGAGUUAUUUAAUUUAUUAUGUGAUCAUCGCAGAACGGCUUGAGUACAAUCAUGAGUACAAAGUACAUACGGUUACUUAUAUCAUAUCAAAUAUCAAUCGUAUGAUAAUUGGAAAUUUAUCUAUAUCUAUAUUCAAUUUGUCUAUAGUUUUUCUGCUUCGAACAAUAGAUAAAUUAAUAAAAGUGAUAAACUGGCGGAUUUGAUGGGAAUGAGAAAGAAGUAAGCCUAUAUUAAAUGAAUAAGUAAUUUAUUUUAAAAUAUCUGUGCUAUGGACGAUAAAUAAUUGGGAAAAAAUUGUUUUUCAUAUAUCUUUCAGUUUUAACGAAGCAGAUUCAUUUAUAUCUUAAAUGCAUAAAAUAUUUUUGUCAGACAGUGAGAACAUAUAUUGCAUCAAGACUUCUUUCAUCUCUAGUUUCUGAAAAAUCUCAAAAUCAGUUUGCAUUGUAUAAGUUUUAGAUUUCUUUCCAUACCAGCAUUUGAACACAUUUUUUUUUUAUAUAUUUAAAUGCAAUUUUAUUGUUAUUGAGAGAAAUUAAAUCAUAUUUUAACGAUACAAAAAAAUAAUAAUUAAUAUAUCUUUAUAUAGUAUAUAUAAAGGGAGAAAAAGAAAAAAUGCAAAGAGAUUAAAACUCAAAGCAUUAGAAAUGAAUUUUACGCAAAAUAAAUAUUUAUCAGUCACAUCCUCUUACUAAUUCUUUACAUAGUUGAUUCCUUGAGAAUAAGAAUUUAUUAAAAGAAGUUAGAAAUUUAAUAGUAAAUUGUAUGUACUUUAUCAAUACAUAGCGGGAGAAAGUAUAUACUAGCGGUUAUAUCUGGAAAGCAAUAUAAACAUGUAUAAUAAGAAAUAUGUUUAUUGUUAUAACGCAAUAAUUCCAGAGUCUGCAUCUCCUCGCGUCCAAAGACAAAAAUUUAGCAUAGGUGAUACACGAGAGUUCAAGUUUGAAAUAUUUAAAAAGAAUAACCCUGAAUAUUAUCGUUAUUUCUUUAAAAUAUAUUUAAACGUGAACAUACAAAUAACCUGUCUGGUGUAAUUUAAUUGUUAAAGAUUAACAAUUAAAUUAAAGAUAAUUAAAGAUUAAUAAGAGUUGCAAAUCAAUGUUUCGCACAUUAUUGUAACGUAUUUUGCCGCGUAAAAAUGUUAUUAGCAACAUAGAUUGCGUCAUAAUUUUAUCUGAAGAAGUGUUCAAGUGAGUAAAAUGAAGAAAUAAUAAAGCGUAGACCAUGAACGUAGAGCGUAUGAAAUACAAUCUCUUACAUGCUUUUAAAAAAAUCAUACGUGUGCGUAUGUGAAUUAUAUACAUAUUUGAAAUAUAUAUAUUUAUCAAAAUUAAUCGACACAUGUAGUAAGCAAAUUUUAAUAUAACAAAGUAUUAAAUUGCAAAAAUCUUAUAAAUGUGGCAAGUUUUUUCUUCUUGCUUUUCUUUUCUUUUAUUCUAUUUUAUUUAAAUAUCGUGGACUAGAGGAUAUUAUCAGACGCAAUGCUGUCGCGCAGUUGCCUAUCUUAUAGCGGCCCAAAACAAAGACCACUCCCUGAAAGUCAUCUUAUGAAUCUUAAACCCUGUAUAUUAUAUUUCGGAAAAUUUUUGAACUCUCGUGCCGAGUUGGAAUAAGCAACAGAUAUUUGUGUGGGUUGGUAAAAAAAAAUAAAAUAAAAUUACAAAUUU